CCUGUAAAACAACAUUUAGUAUUUGGAUCAUGUUUUCGACAACACGGAAUACAGCUUUCCUGGAAAUAGAGUAACGAUAUGCCUUUCGAUACAAUACCCACUGUGCUUCUCAUUCGAAACUGACUGAGGAAGAGAGGUUAGGAGAGGUCCGUGGCCAAAGAGGGGAUGACAUGCAUGUUCCGAGGCUGUUGACAUCGCUGAGGAUUAGAAGACCAAUAGGCUGCCAAGAGCUGUCAAGCCAUGAUGGACAUACUGUACACAGGCCCUGUCCCGGCAGACGGAGGGUCUCCAAUGACUGUCAGAGAGAUGUCGCCCAGCCGGGCUCAACGGCAGACCGACACUCAGAGACCUAACACAUGCUGCUUCUGCUGGUGUUGCUGCUGUAGCUGCUCCUGGAAUGAAGAGGACAGAAGGAGGAAAUCCCUGGAGACACAUCUGGAGACCAUAUCAAACUGUGAACCUAGCACAAAACCAACAUUAGAGGAGAUUAGUGUCUGGUCCCAGUCUUUCGACAAGCUGAUGAAGAAUCCUGCAGGUCGGAACGUGUUCAGAGAGUUCUUAAGGACUGAGUACAGCGAGGAGAACAUGUUGUUCUGGCUGGCCUGUGAAGACCUCAAACAGGAGAUGAACAAGAACACAGUGGAGGAGAAGGCACGCAUGAUCUACGAGGACUACAUCUCUGUCCUGUCUCCCAAAGAGGUGAGUCUGGAUUCCCGGGUGAGAGAGGUGAUUAACAGGAAGAUACAGGAGCCUACGCCCUACACCUUUGAGGACGCACAGCUUCAGAUCUAUACCUUAAUGCACAGAGACUCCUAUCCUCGUUUCCUCAACUCGUCUCUCUACAGAUCACUGGUUCACCCAGGCUCCCGCACCUCCUCAGAGUCCUAGCUUCACCCAGGCUCCUGCACCUCCUCAGAGUCCUAGGUUCACCCAGGCUCCUGCACCUCCUCAGAGUCCUAGGUUCACCCAGGCUCCCACACCUCCUCAGAGUCCUAUCUUCACCCAGGCUCCUGCACCUCCUCAGAGUCCUAGCUUCGCCCAGGCUCCUGCACCUCCUCAGAGUCCUAGCUUCACCCAGGCUCCCACACCCCCUCAGAGUCCUAGCUUCACCCAGGCUCCCACACCUCCUCAGAGUCAUAGGUUCACCCAGGCUCCCACACCCCCUCAGAGUCCUAGCUUCACCCAGGCUCCCACACCUCCUCAGUCAUAGGUUCACAACAUUUCACUCACUCACACUCCUCUCUCUCUCCCUGUCACAUUCUUGAUCUCUCGCUCUCUCUCUCUCUCUCUCACUCUGCUCUGCCCCGCUGUCUCAGUCUCGCUCUCCCUUCAUCCUCACUCUCUCAUGCUCUUUCACUUCUCUCUCUCUCUCUCCCUCUCUCUCUCUCUCUCUCUCUACUCUCUCCCUCUGCUCUUCCUUGCUGUCUCUUUCACUCCUCUCUCUCUGCCUCACUCCAUCUCUACCCCUGGUCUCUGUCUCUCUCCAUCCACUCCCCUCUGUCUCUCUCCAUCCACUCCCCCUCUGUCUCUCUCCAUCCACUCCCUCUCUGUCUCUCUCCAUCCACUCCCCCUCUGUCUCUCUCCAUCCACCCUCCCUCUGUCUCUCUCCAUCCACUCCCUCUCUGUCUCUCUCCAUCCACUCCCCCUCUGUCUCUCUCCAUUGCACAACCACUAAAGGAGAAAAUAUUUAUCCUUUUGUGGAUUUUUCUAAUGAUUGUUGUAGGACUUUUCUGUAGAAUAUUUUUGGUUGCCAAUUCCUUUCACAGUUGUUUAAAUUUUUAUUUUAUUUUUUUUAACGAUGAUCUCACUUCGUCAUGCCAUAUAUGGAUUUCCUGACUGCACAGACACCCACAAAUGCUUCCCUAUUCCCCGUAUAGUGCACUACCCACAUAGGGCUCUGGUCAAAAGUAGUGCACUAUAUAGGGAAUAGGGUUCCAUUUGACAAGUUAACUGGAAGCUUCAGCAUCAACUACUGAUUAUUUGGAUUUACAACAACACAAAUCUGCUUUUUGUUUUUGUUUUAUAUAAACUGUAUUUGUAUAUAUUGUACUUUCUCCUGACAAAUGUCCACAUUUUGGAAGAGCGCUCAGAUAAGAGAAACUCGGCAAUAAGACACUGGAGUGAGUCAGACUACUUUUCCAACGUUCACACAACGUUAAAGACAACGUUAAAGACAACGUU